AUGACAUGCCUUCGGCUCUGCUUAACUAGUCAAACGUUGCAUAAUCUUUCUAGCGCGAUAAUCCCUUCGCUACGCCCUACGAUUACCCCCGUGACCCUGAGCGGGGCAAGAAUCGCAAGGAUGUCAACGUCUGCACCGACCACUUCUGCGUCGCGCAAGCCAAUGCCAUCCGCAUUGAAGCUCGAUCUGCAUGCAAAAUGCUCAACCACCAAAGCUCGUGCCAGUACUCUGCAUCUUCCCCAUGGCUCGGUUCCCCUCCCGAUCUUUAUGCCGGUUGCGACACAGGCAUCCCUUAAGGGUUUGACAUAUGAUCAGCUCAAGCAGACUGGAUGCAUGCUGUGCUUGAAUAACACCUACCACUUGGGGUUGAAACCUGGACAGGCGGUCUUGGACGAGGUGGGCGGUGCGCAUAAGUUGCAGGGGUGGGAUCGAAAUAUCCUCACCGAUAGUGGCGGUUUCCAAAUGGUUUCCUUGCUUAAACUUGCUACUGUCACGGAGGAAGGUGUUCGAUUCCUUAGUCCUCACGAUGGUACACCUAUGCUGCUCACUCCGGAACACUCCAUCUCCCUGCAGAACUCGAUAGGCUCGGAUAUUAUCAUGCAGCUUGAUGAUGUUAUCGCGACCACAUCGCCGGACCAUGCGAGGAUUGAGGAGGCCAUGGAGCGAUCGGUGCGGUGGUUGGAUCGGUGCAUCGACGCGCACAAGUACCCCGAGAGACAAAACCUGUUCUGUAUUAUCCAAGGAGGAUUGGAUUUAGAAUUGCGGAGGAAAUGCUGCGCUGAGAUGGUGGCACGAGAUACACCGGGCAUUGCCAUUGGAGGACUCUCCGGAGGUGAAGCCAAGGAGGAGUUCUGUAAAGUGUGCGGUCGACACUUGUACUGGGCUUCUUCCGGAUCAGAAACCGAGAUAUGUGAUGGGUGUCGUAAGUGUUUCAAAGCCGAUUUUAAGCGCUGCCUAACGUGCUCCCAGGGCUACCCAGAGGACUUGAUUGUAGGAGUUGCACUCGGUGCAGACAUGUUCGACUGCGUUUGGCCCACGAGAACAGCUCGAUUUGGAAACGCGGUGGUUCCUUCUGGCACUCUCAACCUCCGCAACCACACUUUUGCCCAAGACUUCAGGCCAGUGCAAGAAGACUGCACUUGCACCAUCUGUCGACCCAGAGAUCAGGGUGGCCUAGGAAUUACACGGGCCUACAUACACCAUUUAGCGGCCAAGGAAACAGUUGGCGCUCACCUCCUUACGAUUCAUAAUGUGCAUUACCUACUUUCCCUGAUGGGCGCUGCGCGACAGGCUAUCUUGGAGGACCGAUUCCCCGCAUUCUUACGGGAGUUCUUCAGCAAGCUUUAUGGAGAAAAAUCCAAGUACCCAGAAUGGGUGGUGGGGGCGCUACGGGGGGUCGGCGUUGAUUUGAUGGAAGACUAG